AUGGCUUAUAGACGCUGUCUCUUGCAAAGAGGGAAACUCAUUGAUCGGAAAUGCCACCCUUCUUUCACCUAUAUUCUCCAUCAUAGUGACGAAGGGAAACAUGAUGAAAAAUCUAGUUCAACACGAAUUCGUAAUUUUAUUCAAACAAUGGGGGUUUCCUCAUCUUCUCAAUAUAAACAACUUUCUCCACUCGCUGGGUAUAAUUUCUGUCGAUACAUGUCGACAAUCAAUCGCGAUUUAGAUAAGAUUACCGCAAUGACUGAUGUAACUGAUGUUCUUAUUGAUUUUUAA